CAUGGUCUUCAACCGGAUCAUCCAGGUCAACCAUAGAUUAACUCUCUGACAACAGCGACGAAGUUGGUUCACUUCGGCGUCGCUCAGCUUCCAGAAUCUUCCCAUUUAUAGGAAUCAACUCGCGAUAGCUGCACGGAAACUUUGUAAUUCAUCGACGAUUUGUCCAUAGAAGAUAUGGCAGAUUGCGCACUACCUCCGAUAGGGAAGAUGGGCCAUUUUAUGCACAACAAGUUGUGCCUGUCAGGUCUGCCGUUCUCUCAGGUAGAGGUUGACUCUUCCCGGAUCGCCAUUGUAUUCUACUGCCUCGGAAGUAUGGAUCUCCUGAACAUAUUGGAGUCAAAGUCCACUCCCUCAGAACGAGAUAGAUGGCGGAAGUGGCUAUGGGAACAGCAGUCACGCGGACGAUACGGCACUGGAUUCAAACCUAGCCCCUACAUGACUCUCGAGGAUGACUCUGAAGAAGAGUACUCUGAUUACGACACCCCUCACCUCAUCAUGACAUAUACAGCCCUACUCUCUUUGGCAAUUCUCCGGGACGAUUUCUCGCAACUGGACCGCCCUGGUCUUCUCUCGUUUAUUCGUGCAUGUCAAAGAGAGGAUGGCAGCUUCUCAGCCCUACCGAACUACGGUGAAUCCGAUCUACGGACAGUAUAUUGUGCUUUUGUCAUCAGCAGUCUGCUAGAUGACUGGUCCGGAAUGGACUUGGAUAAGGCCAUCCAAUAUAUACGGAGGUGUAUGAGUUAUGAGGGUGGAUACUGUCAGACGCCCUUUGGCGAGGCCUUGGGGGGAACGACCUAUUGUGCCUUGGCGGCCCUCCAAAUGGCCCCGUCCACUCCAGCAUCUCCACGCGAAUGCCGUGUGAUGCCUGCCGAGAAAGCCCGCACCGUCCGAUGGCUGGUUCAAAAUCAGACAUCCUCAGGAGGAUUCCGAGGACGCACGGGCAAGGCAGCUGAUGCUUGCUACUGCUUCUGGUGUGGCGCCUCUUUAAAUAUCCUUGGUGCAGGAGACCUCGUGGACUCGGUUGCGCUAGCAUCUUUCCUGGCGCAGUGUCAGUUCAAGUACGGAGGGAUCUCUAAGGCACCUGGAGAACGUUCAGAUCCGUAUCAUACGUAUUUGUCGCUUGCAGCCAUUGCACUGUACACACCACCCUCCGCAGACGCAACUUGGGAGUUUCCCGCGCUGGAUGUGCUGUGGAACGCCACGUCUGACACUUCGAAAUGGGCGCGACGGCAUGUUCCAGCAAGCUGAACGCAAGUACCAAACGAACCGUCCGUAAUCUCCGCUAGUUGCUCUGACAACAUCCCUGCACAGAUCCUACCGCCUCACUGUGCACAUAUAUAAUCUCAUAUUCCAGCUGUUUGUACUAUGUAGACAAAUAACGUUACAUGGCCGGUGACCAUAGGCAUGGCAGCGCAUCAAGAGUCGAAUUUAGAAGGAAGGAUAACACUCUAUGGCCAAGACACAAGGUCGUCGUUCAGUAAUUGUACCAUCCUUUGGACACUUCCCUCUGAGAGUGGGAACUAGUAUGAUAGAGAUAUGGCUCGUUGGGAGGCUGCGGCUGCGGGGAUAUUGCAUGGUGAUUUGCGUGGCUUGGG